AUGAAUUUGCCCCUCAAUCCCAAACCUUUCCUCAACGGAUUAACAGGAAAGCCAGUAAUGGUGAAACUUAAGUGGGGAAUGGAGUACAAAGGCUACCUGGUAUCUGUAGAUGGCUAUAUGAACAUGCAGCUUGCAAACACAGAAGAAUACAUAGAUAGAGCCUUGUCUGGACACCUGGGUGAAGUUUUAAUAAGGUGUAAUAAUGUCCUUUAUAUCAGGGGUGUUGAAGAAGAAGAAGAAGAUGGAGAAAUGAGAGAAUAGCAUCUUUUGUGGGAAAUUUUUUUUUAUAUAUAUUUCUAGACAAUAAAAAAUUAUUUUUU